AUGGAGAAGCUGAACAUCUUCUCCAGGAACGGCUCCCGCGAUGAGCCCCAGCGUAGAAACACGCUUCCAGACGAGACCAAUGCGCAACCUGGCCACGACUUCCUUACCUUUGUCCGAGCUGCUCGAGAACGUUUCACCGGUCUAGAUGGUCGUAACGAAGCGGCCAACUUUAUCCCACGAAGCGAGCUCGAGGCCUACUGGAAGAAUGGCAUUAUACGCGAGGUGUGCAAGGCUUACCGGCCGCCCCUGACGACGGCCCGAGAUACAAUCAAGACGCUCUACCUCAAGAUCUUCAGCAUUCUCAUUUACAUCGGCAAGGGUCAUUACCUCACCGUCUUCACGGUCAACAACAUUACAGAUGCCCACCUGCCCUUCAGCGGGACGCCAGAUGCGCUUAGGGCUCCUAUGUAUGACGAGCUGAUGGACAGGAUCAAAGAGCAUCAGUGGGUGUUCUGCCCACUGGUUCUAAACUACGCAGGUCUGUCAGAUUUGCAGCUGGAACCGUCACAUAUCCUGCCAUUUCAUGGAAAGGAGGAGCUAGCAAGGGGUGACUAUUCAAAGAUCUUCAAAGUCAAAGUCUAUACUGCUUGUGACGAGCUGAGUGAAGCAUAUUCAAACUCAGGGACUUCACGUCCUCGCAGGAAUAGCCACGAGGGUGACGGUGACCGAACCUACGUAAUCAAGAGCUAUGCGACGGCAGCAGACGAGCAGACACGCAAACUGGCGCGCUGCGAGGUGAGAGCCCUGACAGCGCUGAGGGACAGCAAGAACAGACACAUCAUCGGGUAUUACGGUUCCUUCACCCAAGCCGGACACCAUCACCUCAUCCUACAAUUCGCAGACGGCGGAGAUAUGUCGCAGUUCUUUCGGACACAGCCCCGGCCAAAGACGCCAUCCGAUAUCCAGCGGUUCUGGAAAAGCCUUUUCAAUAUCUUUCAGGGCUUGCACUGUGUGCACCAUCAACUCAUGAUCGACCAGGACCACAGGGUCGAGUUCCAGGGAAUACACCAGGACCUCAAGCCAGACAACAUUCUUCUAAGUAGAGCUAUCAACGCAUCAAGUCCUUUUGACUUCACCCCGAUGCUGGCCGACUUUGGCCAUAGCGACCUGCGGCCCAUCAACCCAGACCAAGACGACGGAUACAAUAUCGACCGGCACGGCAACCAAGUUUACAGCCCGCCAGAGAGCAGCCAUCACGCAGGAUAUACCCGCGGAGUUCCGAACCACAUCACGCCAGCCGCUGAUAUCUGGUCUGCCGGCUGCCUUCUCAGUGAUGCGGCCAACUGGCUUGUCUUUGGACAAGACGGUUUCGAUGAGUACGAAGAGGAGCGCUCCAGGGAGACGGCCACCAUUGAGCGGUUUGAGGGCAACCACAGCAAUUGCUUCCACGACACCAUCGGGAUAUUGAACACCGUGAAGCUACGGCACGACCGGGUCCGCAAGGAGGGGUCGCCGGAGGAUCUCAUCACACCCAAGGUGCUAGAUCUUGUCGAGAAACACAUGCUGCUGGACAACUACAAGGAGAGAUAUGACGCCCACCAGCUCUAUCAACACUGCAUGGCUAUUCUGCCCCAGGAGCCAUCCAGCAUCGGCGGUCCCGAGUCGCGCCCGCAGCCGACAUCUCCUGGUGCCCAGCUGAGCAGCAAGGUCCAGGGCAUGCUCAAUGCGGCCCAGCCCCAGCUGGCGGAAGCAGCCGUCAGGAUUUCGACUGUGACGAAUGUCUUUCGUGGGCGGGGGAGGAUCUCGAGGCACCUGAGCCUCGGAGCUGGCGCAGCUUCAGAGGAAGGGAGCGCUGAAGCCGGCCAGUCCCCGCCGCCCGAGCUCCCGCGCCGACCCGAGACCCUACACGCCGUGCACGGGUUCGUGUCCGACCCGGUCGUUCUGCCCGGCCGGCAUGCCGGUCUCUCCUCGCCCAUCUCCGAAACAAGCGCCACCCCCCUGAGCACCGAUUACCUCUCGCCGCAGGGCCUGAGCCCAAGCCCUUCGCGCAACAGUUUCGUGGCAGAUGACGACGAAAGUAUCGGCCCCCCGCCCGGCGACGGACCCGAGGACCAUCUCACGAUAGAAGAGGGUCUGCGCUGGCACUGGCAGUGGAAGAACUACAUGCCGUUCGACCACCGGGUCCACGAAAUCGUGCGUCUACUACGGCAUCACUUGCAAGGUCGCGAACACUUCUUCUUCAUCGAUGAUUCGAAGUCAAUGCGGGAGCACCACCAGACCAUCGUAGACACCUUCAAGCUGUUAGCUUACAUCGCUAAGCCUCUUGAGAGUAGCGGUAAGGGCAAGGCAGGUAAAGCACGCGAGAGAGGACGACCGGUGUCCCUGGCGUUUGCCUCACACGUCAGCAGUGGGCAGGUUCACGUCAGCUCAGACACGACCGAGCUCGUGACCCGGGUCGAGCAGUGCGAGUAUAGGCAAAUAGCGCGGCUGAUGGAAGACAAGCUCUCGUGGGUGGUGGAGAACGUGCUGAUCGGCAAAUUACCAGAGCCCAAGCGGGAAGGGUUGCCGCCGGCGAAGCCACGUUCGAGCUUCUUUGGCAAGGCGGCCCCUCUGGCACCUGACAGCAAGAUUAGCUUGGUUAUCUUUACAGACGGGCGCUGGGGUGACGAUGCAAAUGGGGCGAUGGGUGUGCAGAACCCGAUCAACAAGCUCAUUGCGCGGAUCGUCGAGCUCGGCCUGCCACGGACGUACGUCAUGAUACAGUUUGUGCAGUUCGGCGAUGACGAGGCCGGGACACGGCACUUGCGCUUCCUGGUAGAGAACGGCGAGAGACAGGGCCUAGAUAUCGUCGAUACCCAGCCAGCCUCUGGCAACGUGCCCUCGAUGCUCAUCGGGAGCAUAAGUCGUGGGUCGAAGGAUGAGUCUCAACGGUCCAACUUGUCUGCGGCCUCAGACUUGGCAUCGCAGUCCAACCAUGCUUCGCAAUCCGAUACUUAUUCGCACUUGGAGACUGGCAAAGACGAAUGA